AAUGAUGUCUACAUCUGUUCUAAGGAUGAAUUAUGCACACUACAUUCCCUACUACUAUGUUCAGAUGUCUCAGCUGCCCAUCACACACCCAGAUGUGUACAUGGAAUCCAUGAAAGGAGGCCUCUCUGUUCAACUGGGCUCCACCUAUCCCUUUGGCCGAAUUCCUUUUGACCAAGCUAUAGAAGAAACAGUGAACAAAGACACACAGAUAGCUGGAGGGACAAAGGGAUUCAGUUUGAAGCCAGAAGCCAUGACCAAAUGUUACCUAACGGCAGAGUACAGAAGCAUGUACCUCAGACAGAUGAGAGAACUGAUAGGUCUACGCAUGUCCAAACUGUCCCAACCAGAUCUACAGAGUUCAAGGAUCAAGAAAGAUGAAGCAGAUGUCCAGUCUCUCAUUGACCUCAUGGAGAAUAAUUGGCUCAAUCCUAUGUGCCCCUGUGAGACUGAUUUGCUUAGCCUUUCCACUGGCUCCAUGGCCCCACGUGAUGUGACCUGGGAUCUCUUGAAAGCUCUUGAAAAAGGAGAUGAGGCCUACCAGGUAUUCAAGCAAACAAGGUUAGAUGAGGACCCACCAUCUUUCAAAUUCCAUGACAAGAUGACCAAGCAAAGCCUGAGGACAUUCUCCAAUGUCAGCACAAAAACAUCUCAUGGUAAGGAAGCACAGGAAGUUGUUCUGAAGGCAGACAGAAAACUGCUCAGCCACAUGAUCCUUGUGGCUCAAAGCAGGAAGCUGAAUAUGAGGGAUGUCUUUGCCCACCCACUGGGUCCACUGCCAUGGGCACUGGCAAAUGCUGAUGGGUACCUACGAAAAACAAACAAGGCUGCAUUGCCAGAGAGCUUGAAAAGAAUGUGUCUCCUGCAGAACACAUCCCAACCCUAUCUACUUUCAUUAUUGAUGGGAUGAGCCUGGUCCAAAAAAGGAAU